AUGUCUUCUCCAAAAAAGCAUAUGAAUUUAGAUGUUUAUAAUAUUAUUGAAAUCAAAGACUGGUCAUAUGAUAUUUUAGUAAAAAGAAUUAAAGCCUUAGAUUAUAAAGAAACUGAUAUAAAAAAUAUAAGGGAUCAAGACCUAACAGGUCGAGCAUUUCUCCGACUUACAGAAGAAAAAUUACCCUAUAAGCCAGGUUUAUAUGAGUUAAAGCCAAGUCCAGCUGAAUCAAUAAUGGAGUUGGUAGAAGAGCUGAACGAAAAAUUAGAUAACCAAGAAAGAAUCAUCAUAAGAGUCAUACUUUUAUUUGCAAAUGCCAUGGUGGGUUCACUAUAUGAAUAUUCUGCAUGUCUAAAAUAA